UUGGGUUGCCGCGGCUGCUAAGAUGACCAAAAUAAAGGCCGUCCCCGAGGAUUCUGAGGCGCAGGCGGAGGGCGGCAGCGAGGAGCGCACGUACGAGGAGCUGCUGGUCAACCUGAACCCCAUCGCGCAGCCGCUGGCUUCCUGCCGCCUGACGCGCAAGCUCUACAAAUGCAUCAAGAAGGCCGUGAAGCAGAAGCAGAUU